AUGUCGGCCAUGCAGGACGAAGUCUUCCCCGUCUACGGUCUCUGGUCGAAGCGCCUGAUGGUAGUAUCUGUGUCGCUCUUUGCCCUCCUCGGCACCAUGGCCACUAGCAUGUAUUAUCCUGCCCUACCCACCGUACCUAGCGAUCUUGGCGUAUCUAUCACGGAUGUCAACCUAUCAGCAACAACAUUCAUGAUCCUCCAAGGCAUCGCCCCCACCUUCGUCGGCAAUUUCUCAGACUCCAGUGGCCGCCGUCUCUCUUACAUCGUGUGUUUCUCGAUUUUUCUUAUCGCCAAUACUUCGUUGGCACUACAGAACACUUAUGCCGGACUGCUUGCGCUGCGGUGCGUUCAGAGUGCCGGGGCUGGCGGGCUCAUUCCCCUCGCCAGUGGUGUGAUAGCAGAUAUUGUUGAGCCGGCUGAGCCUGGGCUACCGUUGCUCCUGUUCUUGGUCCUGCUCUGGCACCCGUGCUAG